AUGCCGAAGAAAUUGAGUGAUCAUGAGAAGAAGUUCCGCAAAUGGAAGAAGAAGCAUAUACCACACCACAAGGAACGGAAGGAGGCUGAGGCCUACUUCAAGAGCAGCAUUGGCGGUGCCGCGAAGUCCCAACGCGCCCAUCCCGAUGGCCAUGAUGCCGCUUCGCCCAUUGAAACCGCUAAUAGCACGGCACGCCUCCAAAACCUCGAAACUGAGCUAUUCCCAAACACCGCAUUCCAUGCCGCUCCCGGCUCCGUUGCUGCCCGCAGGGCUUCCGCCGAAGUUCGCCACACCCUUGCCAUGGCGAAAAAUAUCUCUAAGAAGCUUUCCGACCCUGACCCCAAGUUCCCGUCCCACGCGGACGAAGCCCUCCCUUCACCUAUCUCGCCUCUCGCCUCUCCAAUACCCGACAAAAAAUCUCCCAGCAGCUCCACGCCGCGCCCCAUCACACGCCCUCGCCCGCGUCGCGCCUCCAUCAGAGAUGACCCUCCUCCCUCCUCCCCUGCGUGGGCUGUCGUCUUCCCCGGCGCUCGCCCGGUCGGUGUUAGCGGCGAGAGCGCUGACGCUUCCUCGGCUAUGUCUACUCCCAACUCCGCCACUUCCACAGACUCUUGCCCAGAGCGUCCCAGAGAGACGUUCUUCGAGACUAAGAAGACGGUCCCUAAACCGAAGCCUGUUACGGAGAAGGCUUUAAAGCCUGGAAACACUGCUGCCAGCCGUACCACCGCCGCCGGCAAGGCCUCCUCCACAGCCAAGGCCUCUUCCGCCGCCAAGGCCUCUUCCACCAGCAAGGCGUCCUCCGCCGCCUCCGCAAAGCGCCCCGCUGCUCACGCCACUCGCCCUGUUGACGCGGAACCCCCUAUAGCCAUCAAAACUCCGAGCCGCUUGGUGCGCCGCCCGGAGAAGCACACUCCCAAAGUCUUCGUCAACGCUCCUCGCCCAGCCAAGUCCGGCAGUGCCGGCAACACUCCUGUCUCCGCAAAGCCCGCUGCGACGGCCGCCACUUCUGCGCGCUCGCCUCGCCCUGAUGAAGCAUCCGCCGAUGCGAAGAAAGCGGACAACAAGCGCAAGCGCGAGGAUGACGGCGAGGCGGAGAACAAGGCCCCAAAGCCACAGGAAAAGCGGGUUUGUUUUGAGUGA